AUGCUCUUUGUCAACACUCUAAAAGCUCCAUUUAUCAACCACAUGUUGGGAGGCGCUACUAAGAGCUUCUCAGACAUAGUAAUGUCAGGAGAGAUGAUAGAGAACGCGAUAAGAUGCGGGAAGAUCAAAAUAGGGGAAAAUACCAAGAAAUCAGCUCCGAGAAGGAAAGAAAAUGAAGUAAACAACGCAGGCGUAUACAAUAAAAGUUAUUCCAAGCCAGUCACUGUGAGCCAACCAAAAACAAUGACUACCAGCCAUCAGGGCUCUGUAAGACAAGAUUCAAACCCGAGGCCUAACACAAAAAGAGUCCAGUUUACGCUUAUCCUAAUGUCAUACAGGGAGUUGUAUCAGAGUUUAUUCGAUGCCCAUGUAGUGUCACCUUACUACUUGAAACCCCUGCAACCUCCUUUCCCUAAGUGGUAUGACGCAAACGCUCAAUGCGAAAACCAUGCAGGAAUCUCGGGACACACAAUUGAGAACUGCACUGCCUUCGAAAAAGUAGUCGAAAGGCUCAUAGGCAUGGGCGUUGUGAAGUUCGAUGAGCCCACAAGACCUAAUGUAGUAGGAAAUCCACUACCUAGUCAUUCAGACAAAGGGGUAAAUGCGAUAAUUGAAAAGGGAAAAAGGAGAACCAAGAUGAAUGUAUCAGAGGUAAAAAUCCCGUUGAAAUGGGUUUGGAAGAGGAUGGUGGAAAGAGGUUUAGUCGCACAAGAUUCAAAGGAAAGGCCCAGAGAAGCAAGAGGAUACUGCGAGUUUCAUGCCAAUGAAGGCCAUGACAUCCAAAAGUGCAAUAAUUUCAGGUCUAUAGUGCAAAAGUUGAUGGACAAUAAGGAGAUGGAAUUUUACGAAGAAAUCGAGGGAUCAGAAGAAGGAGAGGUUCACGCCUCAGAGGAAGGAACAACAGAAGGGGUCCAAAGAGUUAAUCAUCCUGUGGGUUCUCUGGAAUUACGACUACAACUGACGAUCCCGGGUGAGGAGAACCCGGCCAGCGCUUCAAGGAAGAACCAAGAUGUAGGUUUCUAUACACGCAGUGGAAGACGUUAUGAUCCUGCGGGUACAGAAAUUGAAACUGUUAAAGGAAAGACCCCAAUAGUCGAGCAAAGAAAGGAAAAGAUGGUUAGGCUCGAAUUGCCAAUCAAUGAACCAGUAACCGAGAAGGAAGCUAGAGAAUUCCUAAAAUUCUUAAAACAUAGUGAGUACAGCAUGGUUGAACAGUUACACAAGCAAUCGGCUCGCAUCUCGGUGCUAGCUUUGUUCUUGAGUUUGGAGACACAUCGAAGCGCAUUAAUGAAGGUACUAAACAAAACUUACGUCGCGGAUGAUAUCUCUAUCAACAAGCUGGACCGUCUCGUCAAUAAUAUAAGCACUGAUAAUUUUAUAUUUUUCAAUGACAAUGAAAUACCGCCUGGGGGAAUAGGAUCAACAAAAGCGCUACACAUUACCACCCGCUGUAAAGGAUAUACACUACUGGGAGUGUUGAUUGACAAUGGGUCUGCACUAAAUGUCCUACCCCUAUCUAUGCUGAAUAGGCUGCCAGUGGAUAGUUCCCAUAUGAAGACAUGCCAAAAUGUAGUGAGGGAAUUUGAUGGUACUAAAAGGAAGGCCCUGGAUUCAUCAACAGGGGUAGUACCGUCAUCACUACAUCAAAAGCUCAAAUUUAUAACGGAAGGGCGAUUGGUGACCGUAAAUGCAGAAGAGGAUAUCAUUGCGUCCGUUACUAGCGACGCACCUUAUGUGGAGACAAAUGAUGAAGCAAUAGAAUGCUCUUUCCGAUCAUUAGAAUUUGUGAACACAACCUUUAUUGUCGAAGGGAACAAGUUGGGAAAGGAGCUUGGAAGAAAUCUACAAGGAAGGAUCGAGGCACCCAUACUCACGGACAAACGAGACCAUUUCGGUUUAGGGUACAAGCCAAAUACAAGGUCUCCAGAUAUCAAAUAUAUGAGUAGCACUGCUACUGACUCAAAGUCUCCUUUUGAGCAAGAUAUGUGCACGGAAGAUUCUCAGGAUUUUGAAGAUGACCGAAACUGUAACCUAUCUCCGGAUUUAUGA